AUGGCGCACACAAAGACCUCGCCGGCCAUGACCUCGAAACCCUCCCCUUCGCCUGCUCCCUCGACGUCGACCUCUUCGCUACAUUCGCAGGAUGGCAGCUUUGCGCUGCCGCCGCCAAAGGAUGCCAGCGGCGUUGCGCAACAGGCCAACGGCGCCAGACCCAACCUGCCAAAGAAACCCACCAUGACUUCCCGCCUGAGUGGCAUGUUUGGCCGCAAGGACGACUCGUCGAGAGAUGCCUCCAAGACCAACCUACUUGCCGAGAAGAUCCCCGAAAACGCCGUGGCGAACGGCGAUAAUUCCGCCCCCGUCUCUCCCAGGCCCCAGCCACAGCGGCAACCGUCGACUGGCGAAAAGAAGCCUGCCAGCUCUACGGACCGAGCCAAGAGCAGUUCUGAGAAGAAAAAGGAAGCGCAGCAGCAAGCCAACAUCUCGAGACGCUUUCGCCUAAACGACGACGGCUCUCACGAACACCAGCUCAAAGUCCAGAAGCGCGAGGAAAAACUGAAGGAUAUGUUCCAAAAUCUCAUGCUUGGAAAAAAGAAGGAGGCUCAUCAUGAGGAACAGCCGUUGAGUCUUAUGUCCGGUUGGGUUGACCAGAUUCGCAAUGACAAGGAGAAAUUCAAUCUGGAUCAUAAGACCGGUGCCAGUUCCUCAAUGACUUUGGUCCAAAAGUACGGGAAAUGCCAGGAGAUCAUCGGUCGUGGUGCAUUCGGCAUCGUCAGGAUUGCCCAUAAGACGGAUAGCAAGGACCCGAAGCGAGAGCAGUUGUUUGCAGUCAAGGAAUUCAAGCAAAGACCCGGGGAAUCCGAAAAGAAGUACAACAAGCGCCUGACGUCCGAGUUCUGCAUAUCUUCCUCGAUGCACCAUCCCAACAUCAUCAAUACUUUGGACCUUAUCCAGGACGAAAAAGGUGAAUUUUGUGAAGUUAUGGAGUACUGUGCCGGUGGCGACCUCUACACGCUCAUCCUGGCAGCUGGCCAGCUGGAGGUUGUUGAGGCUGAUUGUUUCUUCAAGCAACUCAUGCGCGGCGUUGACUAUCUGCACGGCAUGGGCGUUGCUCAUCGAGACCUGAAACCGGAGAACUUGCUCCUCACGCACCACGGCGCAAUCAAAAUUACCGAUUUUGGAAAUGGCGAGUGUUUCCGCAUGGCUUGGGAAGAAGAAGCGCAUAUGACGGCGGGUAUUUGCGGCUCGGCCCCCUACAUUGCUCCCGAGGAAUACGUCGACGAAGAAUUUGAUCCAAGGGCUGUGGACGUGUGGGCUUGCGGAGUUAUUUACAUGGCCAUGCGGACUGGUCGGCACCUCUGGCGUGUUGCCAAGAAGAGCGAAGACGAGUUCUAUACCAAAUAUCUCGAAGAUCGCAAGGAAGAGUCCGGUUACAGACCCAUUGAGGUUCUGCGUCGGCGGCAAUGCCGAAAUGUCAUCUACUCCAUUCUGGACCCUAAUCCGAAUCGCCGGCUCACUGCCGAGGAGGUCAACCGGUCGGAGUGGGUAGAUCAGAUCCGCAUUUGUCGGGCUGGUGACGAAGGCUUCUAA